GAGACCAUUCAGAGAUGUUGCGCUAAAAGGAGCGUAAAAAUAAAUUCGUCGAUGAAGUUGUCAACUGUUUUGUCCAUCAGUGCCGUUCGAUGAGUCGCCUUCACUAACUUUUUGUCUUCAAAAUUUCUAGCUACUUAGCUAAUGUAAUGUUAAAGUGAAUUUAAGUCUAACGCUCACAGAAAGCAGUUCAAAAUGAGGAAAAGUACCAUUAAUGAUGCAGCAACUUACAGAAGCGGAGAGGGAAUGUCAGUUCAUGAUUUCAAGAAGCAUGGGAAAGACUUGAUUGAUUACAUAUACCAGUUCAUGCAGACUAUAAGCUCAAGAAGAGUCAAUUCUGAUGUAGAACCUUUUUAUCUUGUAAAAUUACUCCCGGAUGAAGCACCCCAUGAACCUGAGGAGUGGGACAAAAUUAUGAAAGAUGUUGAAGACAAAAUAAUGCCUGGGGUCACACAGUGGAAUCAUCCCUAUUUCUUUGCUUAUUUUGCAAGUGCAAAUUCGUAUCCUGGCAUUCUUGGAGACAUGUUAUCAAGUGCCUUAGCAUGUCAAGCAUUUAACUGGUUUGUGAGUCCAGCAUGCACAGAACUGGAAAUGGUUGUCACUGACUGGUAUGGUAAAGCACUUGGGUUACCAAAGUCAUUUCUCCACUCCAGCGGACCAAAAAAAGGUGGUGGUUGCGCACAAGGGUCAGCAAGUGAAAAUAUCUUCGCUGCAAUAAUGGCAGCUCGUUACCAAGCCAUUAAACUGUGUUUGGAAGAUAAAGAAAAUUAUAAUUUCAGUGAUGAAUGGGACGUACUGAAAAAUCUAGUUUCCUACACAUCAAAGGCAGCUCAUUCAUCUACAGAAAAAGGAGCAAAAAUGGCUUGUUUAAGACUGCGUAUUCUGGAUGUUGAUGAAAAAUGUUCCUUGCGGGGUGAUACAUUACAGCAGGCAAUAGAAAAAGAUCUGCAGCUUGGGCUUAUUCCAUGCUGCGUGGUUGCAACACUAGGUUCAACAGGUGAAGCAGCAUUUGAUAACCUGAAGGAAAUUGCUAUGGUCUGCAGAAAAUAUCCUCUGAUAUGGUUGCAUGUUGAUGCUGCUUAUGGAGGCAGUUCAUUUGUUUGUAGAGAAUUCAGAUACUUGCUAAGUGGAAUUGAAGAUGCUCAUUCAAUUAAUGUUAAUCCAAAUAAAUGGUUUCUUGUGAAUUUUGAUUGUAACUGUAUAUGGUUAAAAGACUAUCAACAAUUUAUUGAAGCACUUUCUGUGAAUCCCCUUUACUUGGAUCAUGAAUGGAUGGAUGAAACUGUUAAUUUCCAUGACUGGGGAACACCUCUCUCCCGUAGAUUCCGUGUACUGAAAUUGUGGUUUGUAAUGCGAACCUAUGGAAUAAAAGGCUUGCAGCACUACAUUAGAAGGCAUUGCCAUUUAGCAUCAUUGUUUGAAUCGCUUGUCAGAAAAGACAGUCGAUUUGAAGUAAUGAAUGAUGUAAAGAUGAGUCUAGUAUGCUUCCGACUUAUUAAAUUGAAUGUUGAAGUAGAGCUAACAGAAGAUGAGAUGACAGAGCUCCUGUUAGCUUAUAUCAACAGUACAGGAGAACUCCAUAUGGUUCCUGCACAUAUACAUGAUUGCUUCUCAAUACGAUUUUGUGUAGUCUAUGAGCACGCAACAGAGGAGAUGAUACUUAGUGCUUGGACAUUCAUACAAGACAGUACCACACAUAUGGAGAUGCACAUUAAAAACCAGGAAGAUUAUCCAGGUGUAAGGAAACUGGACUCUAAGGAACGUAAAACCCUGACAAACUUAGUGGGUAAAUAUGCCCAUACUAGGACUGUUCCACUGUCAGAUUACAGGCAGCAAGCAGAGCAGCCAUCACUCCAUGAUUGUCAUAUACCAGUUUUGGUGCCACUAAGUAAUGAAAACAUUGUGAAGAUGGUUGAUGUUGCUGGACUUAUAAAUGACAAACGUGAUAGUAUUGCACCAUGAAGUGUCUAAUGGCAGUAGUUCAGUGUCAAAAAUUUUUAACCAAGUUUUGUGCCCCUCUCAAAUGUAACAUUGAAGUAAUUUUAAACUGUUACUGUAAAUAAUGCCGCAAAAAUCUCAUAAAUAUAAACAUCAAAACAACCUC